AUCAACAACAAUUUUUGCUUUCAGUCAAUUUUUAGUUGCGUUCUGUUUUCUAAUAAAAAUAAAGAAUAUCUAAAAAGUAAUUUAUAAAUAAUUUUUUUAGUUGUGCACACAUAUUGCCGAACCAACAAAACAUGAAUCAACAAGGAAUUACUAAAAAGAUACCAAUUCCCAAAGAUUCCAUCAGAGUCGAUAAUUUAAAUGAGGUUCUUAAUGACUUCGCCGAGUUGUCGAAAAUAUCACAAAAAUUGAAAGUAAAAUACACAAAUUUAGAAGAAGAGCUUCGGGACCACCUUAAUAUAAUAUCGAUAUUAGAGAACGAUAAAGCAACAUUUGAAAGUCAAUUAAAAGUAACCCAAAAAAAAUUAAAUGAUACUAAAUUAAAUAAUAAUCGUCUUUUGGAAGAAAACUCAAAAAUACCGAUAUUAAAUGAAAAAAUUACAAACUUAGAAUGUCAAUUGAAAGAUAUCUCAAAGAACCUUCAAGAAAAUACCACUAAAUAUACCAAUCAGUUAAAAGCGGCUAAUGCAGAAAAAGCUGCAUUAAAUGAUAAACUAAAACAGAUAUCUACAGAGCUAAAUUCAAAAAAUUUAGCUUGUGCUAAAUUAUCUGAAGAAAAUUCGAAAAUUUCGAACUUAAAUGCAGAGAUUUCAAAACUAAAAAAACAAUUUCAUCAAACAUCUUUGGAAAAUGAGUUACUUAAAGAAAAAUACGAAAAACUUACAGCAGAAAAUGCAACAUUAGUACUAUUGAAACAAACGUCGCUGGAAUUGGAGAACGAAAUUUCAAAAUGUACUCAGCUAUCGUUAGAGAAUGUGGAACUAAAAAAUAAUUAUGAAAAACUUACAGCUGAAAACUCAACAUUAAGAGUAAAACAAGACGAUAUUUAUAAAACAACAUUGAUGCUAAAUCAGAAUGUCAAUACACUGGAACAAAAACUUAAACAUGUAACAUUACAGUUAGAAAAAGAAAUUGCGACAGGUAUUCAAUUAAACGCAGAGAAUCAAAAACUAAAAUCUUUAAGCCCAACUACAAGAUCAGAAUCAGGACAAAUAGAGGAGAAUAUUCAAAUCCAGCAACUUGAAGAAAAGCUUAAGCAGUUGUCUGCUGAGCUUGAAAAAGAAGUUUCUAAAAAUAGCGCACUUGGAGAAUAUAACAAGCAGUUGGAUCGACUUAUAAGUGGAUUUAAAUCAAAAGCUAAAUCAGAAACUGUUUCUACAAAAUCAGUGGAAAAUUUGAAAAAAUCACAGGAUCAAUUGAAUGUUAACAGCAAUUUUAAAGUUCUCAUUAGAGAUGUACCUACCGAUCAAAUACUCAAUCCAUUAGAAAAAACUAUAAUAGAUUUGGCUUCCAAAAUGUCUAUAUGUAUAAAUCGGAAUGAUAUAACCCAAGUACGUUUCAUGGAGCGUAAAGGCUUGAGCGAGUAUUCUAAUAAAGUUUCAUUGUUAGUUGAUUUCAAGACCUCUGAAAUAAAAACAAAUUUUAUUUCCAAUCGCAGUAAAUUGAAAUUAAAUACUUCUACUAAGCACAUUCAGAUAAAAGAUUUUGUGGAAAAUGAAGUAUAUUCAUUAUUCCUUUAUGCCAACGAACAUCUUCGACCUAUUGGAUUUCAUAGAAUUUGGUGCAAAGACAAUCAAGUGUUUGUCAAAAAAAAUGAUUCUGAUACGGAAAUAGAAAUUACGUCCCGAAAUCAAGUCGAUGUACUUACAAAGCCAAAUUGGAGAUUAAAAAUUUUAAAUAUCACUAUCACUAUUAUUGAUUGGAUUAUAAAGUGUAGUAAAAUGCUUACACUGAAUAUAUCAUGUACAGUAUGUAAGGAAACGUUCAAAAAUUCUGACGCCAUUUACAGUACCAGUUGUGGCCAUAUAUUCCAUUUCAUUUGCAUGAAUCAAUGGCGUUCCAAAUCCACCAGUUGCCCUCAAUGUAGAAGCUAUAAUCCCACUACUCAUAGUGUUUAUUUUAACUUUGAAGAUACUCGUGAAUACGAAAAAAUUGUGAACGACUUAAAAGAUAAGCUCCAGAAAACCGAUGAUAAAAUGAAAAAAAUCAAAGAAGAUGUUGCAAAAAAAGAACAGAAAAUAGAUGAUCUUCAACGAUUGUAUAAUAUUUCUGAACAGUGGAGGGCAGAACUUGAAACAAAAAUAUAUAAAUUAUCCCACGAAUCACAAGUCAAAAAUGUACAACAUACCAAAGAGUUGAAUUUAAAAUUAAACGAAAUACAAUAUUUGGAAACACACCUCGAAACAAUGCAAAAAGCGGAAGGUGUACAUGAAUUGUGUGAAAAAAUCCAAAAAUUAGAAGAGGACAAUACAAAACUUAAAGAUAAUAACAAAGUGGAUGAAGAUUCAAAAAUCAUUUUAAAUCAUAAAAUAGAAAUACUAGAACAAAGAUUAAAGCAUGUUACUUUAGAGCUUCAAAAGCAAAUUGCGGAAAAUGUCAAUCGAUCUAUGGACAAAAUGAUAGCACAACCUAAUGAGGCAAAAACAAAUAAGAGUAACCAGCAGCAAAAAAAUAAUCGAAAAAGGAGGGAUUCCAGAAAAAUAUUGUGCGAACAGCAGCAAAAAAAUGUUGAUCAAUCUAUAAUCCAUAAUGAAGAGCCCAUAAAAGAAUUGAGUAACAAGCAACAUAGCAACCAUAGGACAAAACAAAAUAUAAAUCGUCAGUUUGAACUGACCCAACCGAAUGAUACCAAAGUUGUAAUUAAAGAUAUUCCCUCAGAAGAUAUUGUAUAUCCACUAAGAAAUACUGUAAUUUCUUUAGCUUCUAAAAUGUCCAUAAAUCUUAGUAGCGAUGAUAUGACAAAUGUUAGUAUUUUGGAACAAAAGAGCCUAAACACAAUCAAUUCAAAUAAGAUCGCACUAUUAGUGCAAUUUAAAACGAUUAAUGGAAAAAUACAAUUUCUUAUGAACAAAAAUCGAUUGAAAUUCAAUUCAUCAACUAAGUUUAUACAGUUAAAGGAAUACAUCGACGAAGAUGUAUAUCCAAUAUUUAUGUAUGCCAAUAGAGUUCUAAGAGAAAAUGGCUUUGAAUAUAUUGAAUGUAAACACAAUCAAGUCUUUGCCAAAAAGAAUCGCCAUGAUACUGCAGGAAUUGUUAUAAUGGAUAAAAAUCAUGUCGAUAGAAUUGUAUGUCGUCAAAUAUUAGAAAACCGAUUAUAAUUUAGAUGGGACAUUUUAGAUUUAGCUAUUCAAAUUUGAGCGAAUAAAAAUCUUUACAUACAUGUGUACAUUCAUAUAUUAUUUUUUUAAAUAAAUAAAUCGACAAAAAUGUA